UAUCUGGAUCCGAUAAAAUUCCCAAUUCUUGUUCUGAACUGAGAGAAGGACUCAUCGGAACCCUAGAGAUGGACGAUCUGAAGAAAGAGAUAGAGGCGAAGCGGCAGAGGCUGGCGGAGGAGACCGGCGGGAAGAAGCGGUAUUUCAACCGCGCCGAGAUGGAGAAGAAGCAAAUCCAGAAGAAGCGGGAGGAAGAGAGACGCGAGCUAGAAGCCAAGGCCAAAGCCAAGCGCCAAUUCGCCGCCGACUCCACCGCCUCCGCCGCCGCGACCGCUUCGACAUCGAAGCCAAACCCCAACGCCGCCGCGACCGCCGCCUCCGGCGCGCCGUCGAGAGCUCUGACCGACGAGGAGAAGAUCGACAUGAUCAACAUCCCCCGGCCGGAGGUGAUCCGGCGCCUGAGGAUUCUGAAGCAGCCGAUCACUCUGUUCGGCGAGGACGACGAGGCGCGGCUGGACCGGCUGAAGCACGUGUUGAAGACCGGAAUGUUCGAGGUCGACUCCGACAUGACGGAGGGGCAGACGAACGAUUUUCUCCGGGACAUCGCCGAGCUGAGGAAGCGGCAGAAGUCGGGGAUUGUGAGUGACCGGAAGAGGAAGAACUCGGAGGUCGUCGACGGCGUGGUGGAGGACGGCGAGGGCGGCGUGGGGGAUGAUGAGCUGGAUGGAGAUGGAGGGUCGAGUGGGGCUGACGUGGAGAGGGAUAUGAAGCUUAUGAAGGCGAAUUUCGAUGAGUUGUGUGAUGAAGAUAAGAUUCUGGUGUUCUUUAAGAGGCUGCUGAGUGAGUGGAAGCAGGAGCUGGGGCAGAUGACCGCGGCGGAGAGGAGGGCUGGAAAGAAGAUUGCUACUUUGAAUCAGUGUGCUCGGUAUUUGCAUCCCUUGUUCAAGUUUUGCAGGAAGAAGGUUCUUCCAGAUGAUAUUCGUCGAGCAUUGAUGGUGGUUGUUGAUUGCUGCAUGAAGCGAGACUACCUAGCUGCAAUGGACCAGUACAUAAAGAUGGCUAUUGGGAAUGCACCAUGGCCAAUUGGUGUUACUAUGGUUGGUAUCCAUGAACGUUCUGCUCGCGAGAAGAUUUACACCAACAGUGUGGCGCAUAUUAUGAAUGAUGAGACAACUCGAAAGUACUUGCAGUCUGUGAAAAGAUUGAUGACCUUUUGCCAGCGGCGCUACCCUACAAUGCCAUCAAAAGCUGUUGAGUUCAACAGCUUGGCUAAUGGAAGUGACUUGCAGUCUCUGCUGCAGAUGGAGACCGACUCUGGCAGUAGUAAAGUCUUUGAGGAAAGGCUUCGGUUAAUGCCUGCUCCAUAGCUUUUAAAUAGCCAAUGUAAUGAGAUUCUGUGUAACAAACUAAGAUAUAUCAUUCCACAUGUUUCUCCAUUUAGAGUUUAGCUUUGAUCUUGUGACUUGUGAGGUCCUUUGUUCUUGGAAACUAAGGGUUUGGCCCGCUUGUAAGAUUUUACUGUAAGAAAGCUGGGUUCUUCAUGGGAAGACCAUCUCUUAAUAUUCCAAAGAUAAACUUUCGUA